CAUCAACAAAGGUCGGCUCGCACAAAAAGUGUAAAUUGGUAGAGGAAAAUGUUAUAAAAUAUACAAGUGAAAUGAACUAGGAAACGUACUGCACUAGUACAAAUAUUGUGUUACAAUAGCUUUGAAUUAAAAUGUGGACAAACAUCGUACGCACUGCCUGUAGGUCAUCUUUUAAAGCUGGUAGCUCAACGCUGGCAAGGGCACCGGUACGAUGGCUCAAUGGCAAAGGUAUCGACACGGAACGAAAGUUUAAAAUACGAUCUACAGUGUAUUAUGUGGCUGCUGCCGGUGUGUUGACCGUCGGUCUAAGCUAUGCAGCCGUUCCGUUAUAUCGAAUGUUCUGCCAGGCUUACAGCUAUGGAGGAACCACUAGUCAGGGACACGAUGGUGAGAAGGUUGAGACUAUGCAAAAAGUGAAGGACAGAGUGUUAAAGAUAAAGUUUAAUGCGGAUAUUGGUGCAUCGAUGCGGUGGAAUUUCAAACCACAACAAACCGAAAUUAAGGUCGUUCCCGGUGAAACUGCUUUGGCGUUCUAUUCCGCCAAAAAUCCUACCGAUCAUCCUGUGAUUGGCAUUAGUACAUACAAUGUGAUUCCGUUCGAAGCAGGAGCAUAUUUCAACAAAAUACAGUGCUUCUGCUUCGAGGAACAGCAGCUUAAUCCGCACGAAGAAGUAGACUUGCCGGUGUUUUUCUAUAUCGACCCGGAAUUUAUAGAGGACCCUAAGAUGGAACUAGUAGAUUCAAUAACGUUAUCGUACACCUUCUUCGAAUCGAAAGAUGGUGUAAACAUACAGAUGCCAGUGUAUGCAAAAAAUCAUGGUUAAAGCAGAAAUAUGUUUAAAGUUUUAAAACGUUGUUA